AUGGAUCUCCGCCUUGCAAUCUCCGCCACCGGUGACUCUAUCAUGAGAAGAUCCUUCUCCGUCGAAGCCAUCGCCUCCCCGGAUCUCCGUCGCUUCGUUCUCUCUAUGACGUCGCCCGCUCCAGAUCCAGAUCCAUAUCCACCGCCUUUUGCUUCUCUGUUUGCUCUGCUCACAGUAAUCUCUCCUCCCGAUCCUCCAGACCCACCCGACCCUCCAGACUCUUCUCAAUCCAUCCUCCACGUAGCUGCUACCUCUGCUCCUUUUUCAGGUUCGACAACCUCUAGCUUUGCUGAUUCGGUUGUCAUGUCCUCUGGAGUCAGACUGUUUGCAUCCUUGUUCUUCUUCUCCUCGGUUAAGUGUAGUUUCCAGAUUUGCUUCAUUCGUCGUAUGGACACGCCCUUGGAAGGUAUCCUUGGUGAGAUCCCUUGUCUUGAUCAAUAUGUGCUCAAAAACUACCUUUGUUUAGGUAUUACUAACCUCUAUUGGAGGUUCCAUUUACCUCAGUAUGAGGGUCUUAGGCUUUUCCUUAGCCGUCUAUUACCUCCGUGUGAGGAUGUUACUGAAAAAUUCAUACCAAGCUACAUUACGGACUUUAAGAUUAUUUUUCUUAGAAGAGUACCUUUCUUUGAGGUUUCUUUCACCAACGGUUUGGUGUACAAAGUCCCCAUUCUCCAUAUGUCUAAUGUUGUAUUGGGUAAUCAUUACCAUAUGUGCUCCUUUGUGGAGAGUUAUGUGUUAUCAAAAACCUCUUUUGUAGGAUGGAAGAUGCUGGAGUUAGGAAUGAUUCACGAUCAAAGCCCCUUCGCCUCACUCUUAGGCCAUUUAUCUUCCGGCAUUAGCGCUAUGUCUCUGCCGGUGAAUAUGGUUUUGUUCAACUCCUUGAUGGAGCAACUUCUCUUACCAAUAUCAUCUCCUUUGUUGAGUGAUUUGGUUGUUCAACCGUCGUCGGUAUUGCAAGGAUCGUCCUCCCGACAGAUGGUCUUCUCUGCCUUUGAAGCAGUGUGUGUAACUCUCCGAGUUGCAUUGGAUGCGGUCAUUCAAGCUCAUGACAUCGAUCUAGUUGAUCGAUUUCUUAUGACUUGUCUUUGUGAUUUGUAUCGACAAUUUAUCUCUCAUUUAACCAUCGUUUGGUGGUUCUUUUGGCAUUUCUUGUCUUGUCUUUGUGUAUUUUCCAUUAACUUGGUUGUAAUUCCUACUCUUGUAAUAGGGUUUGAUGCUUGCUAA